GCCAUGCUGCGGCCGGGCUCCCUGCGCGGCCUUGGCGCCUGGAGCAGGCGGCUGGGCCCGGCGGGGCGCCGCGCGUACUGGCGGAGCGUUGGGCUGACGGAGGGCAUCGUCUCGCAGGUGGACACGGACCAUCAUUUCGUGCACAGGAGCACGAUCCCCACCAUGCACUUCCAGGACAGCCUGCCCAGAUUACCUAUUCCAAAACUGGAGCAUACUCUCAAGAGGUAUUUGGCUGCCCAGGAACCUUUGUUGGAUGAUAAACAAUACAGAAAUACCAAAAGAAUUGCCAAAGAGUUUGAAAAAGGAGCUGGCAAGCGAUUGCACAGAGAGUUGGUUGAGCUAGAUGAAAAGAACACGCAUACAAGCUAUAUAUCAGAUCCUUGGUUUAAUAUGUAUCUUUCUGCUAGAGAACCUGUUGUUUUAAACUUCAAUCCUUUUAUUAGUUUAACUCCUGAUCCAAGAGAAGCCUACAACAACCAGUUGGUAAGAGCAACAAAUCUGAUAAUAUCAUCCAUAAAAUUUCUGAACUCUCUAAAAAAUAAUUAUUUAAGGCCAGAUAUAUACUAUGGAAACCCCAAGUGGAGUCAGAGUAGGCUCUUCAAAAACUUUAUUCGUCUUCUUCCAACUUCUGUGUCAUGGUAUGGAGCAUAUAUGGUAAAUGCAUAUCCCUUAGAUAUGUCACAAUAUAACCGUCUCUUCAGAAGUUCCAGAAUUCCAAAACCAAACAAAGAUGAACUGUUUACAAGUGAAUGCUCAAGACAUUUGCUGGUGAUGAGAAAUGGACACUUUUAUGUUUUUGAUGUGUUGGAUUCUGUUGAUAAUAUUCUGCAUCCGUCUGAAAUUGUGGCUCAUUUAAUUUAUAUUAUUCAAGAGGCAGAUCGUUUACCUGAAUUUGCACUCUCAUACUUGACCACUGAAGACAGGAAUAUCUGGGCAACAGUCAGACAACAACUUCUUGAAGCAGGUAAUGAAGAAAACCUAAAGAAAAUUGAUAGUGCAAUAUUUUGUCUCUGCUUAGAUAAUAUUUUUCCAAAGGAUGAGGAUGAGCUCUCCCAUUGCUUGCUUCAUGGAAAUGGCUUCAAUCGUUGGUUUGAUAAAUCUUUUAGUCUGAUUAUUACAGGUGAUGGCCGUGCAGGAAUAAACUUUGAGCAUUCUUGGGGAGAUGGAGUUGCAGUUCUCCGUUUUGUAAAUGAAGUUUAUAGAAACAGUACACGGCACCCAGCUCUUUUGCCACAUUCUAGGUCUACAGAAACUACUGUCAUAACAUGUGAGAGACUGAAGUUUAAAUUGAAUGACUCAAUCCAAUCUGCUAUACAUGUUGCACAUAAGAAGUUUGAUGAAAGAAAGAAGAAAAUGUCCAUGAAAAGGUUUCAGUUCAGAAAGUUUGGGAAAGACUAUAUUGUAAAACAGAGGAUGAGUCCUGAUGCUAUCUUUCAACUUGCAUGUCAGAUUACUUUUUAUCGACAGUUUGGAAAAGUUGUUCCUUCAUAUGAAGCAUGUAGUACUGCUGCUUUUAAACAUGGACGCACAGAAACCAUUCGACCCACAUCUAUGCUCACAAAACAGUGUUCACAGGCAAUUGUUGAAGAAAGAGGUAAACGCAGUGUAGCAGAACUGAGAAAUAUGAUUGAUGAAUGUUCAAAGUAUCAUAGACGAUUGCAAAUGGAAGCUGCCUUAGGAAAUGGAUUUGAUCGCCAUUUAUUUGCAUUGAAACAUCUUGCAGUGUCCAGAGGUGAACCUACGCCUGAUUUCUUUCUUGACACUGCCUACCAGAAUAUAAAUCAUAAUAUAAUUUCGACUAGUACAUUACAAAGUCCUGCUGUUAAUCUUGGUGGAUUUGGGCCAGUGGUAUCAGAUGGCUUUGGAAUUGGAUAUCAUGUGUUGGACAACUGGUUAGGAUGUAAUGCAACUAGCUAUUUAGAUGGAGAACUACAGGAAUUUCUGAGAUGCCUUGAAUACAGCUUAAAUGACAUUUUUGAUAUUUUAGAAGGAAGACCUCUUAGGUAGUACCAUAAGUGAUAGCAAAAUUUUGUUUUUGAAGUAACUUCUGAUUAUUAAAAAUAAUGGCAAAAAAGAACAUUAAAAAUACAAUAAUGAGCAUUAUUACUGGAAAAUGCAAAUGUAAAAACCAAUUGUAAAAGAAAGGGAAACAUGAGCAGACUGAUGUUAAAAUGUUACGAUGAAUCUCAUGCUGUUAUUUCUUGCUCAUUUGUUUUCAACGUUAAUUUAAGCCUUUCCUUCGCAAUCUUUAUGUUGUAAUAGCAUCAGUUGAUGCAAACUUGUCUGUUUUUCUGUCCUGUUUUUUUUUUUCUUUCUUUUUUUUGGCCGUGCUAACCUGUAUCUUCAUGGUUUUAUAUUUUUGAGGAAGGUUUUUAAAAUAAAGUUUACCUCCUUGAGCAUAGGAGAGACAUUUUGCUGACUGAAUUCAAUUGUACAUUUAAUUGUUCAUUGUACACCUUGAUUAAGAUCUGUUUUCAGCCAAGAGACAGCAGCUUCUGGCAUUCUGAACAAGCAACUUUUCCACCAAAGCCAAACUGUGUCUUUGACUCCACAAAAUGGUAUCUCUCUCCCAGAACAUCUGCAGAGGGCAAUUCAUUCCUUUACAACACUGCAUCAGAGGAAUGUAGGAAUGAUACUAUGCCGAGGUUUUCACUCACGAAGGACUGAAAUCAAGUUCCAUGAAACUAAAAGUUUUGGACAGGACUUGGAGUUGCUCAGAGAUUGAAAGUCAUGGUGAUUGUCACUUAAUGCUGUAGUUCCCAUUAAGUAGCCUUUGUAUUUAUGUAAUUUAGAUGAACAUUCAUUUACCGCUUUUCUUUUUCCUCUAGGGGUUUACUUCUUUAUUUAUAUCCCAGAGUAAGAGGAACUGAGGAUGUAGAGACAUUCUCAAAUCUGUAUCACCAAGACUGUAGCACAGGUUUGGAAUAGCACCUAUAAACACUGAUAAUCAAAUAAACACUGUCUCAAAUGUACGUAGUACAGUGUCACUUAGCUUGCUUACAGCUUGUAAGCUUACAGCUUGUAAACUUACUAUAUAUUUGAAAAAUUUCCAGUUACUAUUAAAGAACUUUUUCCUUUAUAGAAUUUUUAAAUACAGAAAAAUCA